UAUAUUGGAUAUUAGGAAAAAUUUCUCCAUGGGAAAGGCUGUCAAGCCCAGGCUGCCCCGGGAAGUGGUGGGAUCACCAACCCUAGGGGGAUUUAAAACACGUGUGGAUGUGGCACUUGGGGACAUGGUUUAGUGGUGGACCUGGCAAUGGUUGGACUCAAUGAUCUCAGAGUUCUCUUCCAACCUCAGUGAUUCUACGAUUCCAUACAUGGCAGUAUGGUUCUACCACCCAACUCACACGGAAAACCCCUGAUUGUGUCCUAGAACAACUCUAGGCAACAUUUACCUGCAUCCCAAACUGCUGCUCCUCACUCUGCCCACUACCCUGCCUGCCACAGGCUAAAUGUGCAUGGAACAUGACAAAAAACUCUUCACAGAAAGAUCAGUAGAGAUCAGCACUGUUUCCAUAUAUAGAACUUCCUCAAGCCCUGGAGCCACUCCUCGAUCUCUUUUGAAAGAAAGAUCUGUCAUGUAACUCCACCAGCUCUCUUUUCCAGUAUCAAGAAAAUGUUUUUUCUCACAAUUCUGCUGUUUUCCUACUCUCAAGUGUCUCAGCAGAUACAGAAAACUACUGCAAGUGGUAAAGGGAUCCUGUCCAACCCCAAGCUCGUACUGGUUCAGAGGAGUUUGAACGUGGUGAUGAACCAGAACGUGACCCUCUGCUGCUGCUCUGCCUCUGGAUCUCCACCUGUCAGAUACACCCUGUUCAAGCACAACCAGCAGGUAUCCUCUCUGAACAGGUCAGACUCGACCCCUGCAUUGUUUACCUUGACUAUCAGCUCUGCCAGCGACGUGGGUCCCUACAAAUGCAAAGCUGAGCACAACACCUCCAGUGAUGGAAAAUACAGCAACAGCCUCAACUUCACCCUUAUAGAGCCAAUUUCCAAACCAGUGCUGAGCUCACCCACCUCUCACACAACGAAAGGCCAGAACGUGACCCUGUCUUGUUUCUCCGAGAAUGGAUCUCUUCCCAUCACUUACAUAUUCUUCAAGGGAAAACAAAGCAUCUCUCCCCCAAAGAUGAUGCACGAGAGGGAAGCAGCUGUGAUUUUUCUAUUUGUCAAUUCCUCUACUGACUCUGGAACCUAUAAAUGCAAAGCUAAUAACAGUUUUCCCAAUGGUAUGAAAUACAGCAACAGUUUCAACUUCACAUUAGCAGAAGAGAGAAGCCAUUCUCAGGCCCUGAUAAUUUCUCUUGGGCUGAUCCUGCUACUACUUGUAAUAGGAUUUGCUCUGGCAAUUCCAUUUUUCAUAAUUCCUUCAUAUAAAGCAAAAAAAUAUAAGUCUACCAGGCCCUCAACUGGCUUUACAUCAACAGUGAAUGUGGAGGAGACUGAAAAUGAUGUCAUAUAUGCAGAGAUUGAGCCUGUUAAGCCAGAAGAAGAAUACAUCAACUUUUCUGUUAUUAGAAGAGAAGAUGAAAAAGCAGGGAAGAGGGAAUGUACUACAGUCUAUUCAAAAGUCCUCAUCAGAAACUGAGUACCAGGUAUGAUCUCUUUUGUGGUUAACUUAAUCACAUGUUUUUAAAGAAUUUUUCAGUCCCCAAAUGUGAUAAGUACCAGCAAGUUUCACAGAAAGAGAUGAUGUUCAGAUACCAGUUUCCUGGCCUAGGCAGUUUGUAGACAGAUAAAAGCAAAAUCUCACAGUUAUAAUAUAUAAGGACUUCAACUUAAGAGAAAAAGCAGAACAGAUAACAACUGGAAAUACUGAACAGCAAUUCCAUUAAGAUAAACAGCAGCUUAUUGCCCAAACAGCACCAUGAAAGCCACACUAAAGCAAUGCAAUCACUGCCAGGUAUAACAUCCUGCUGGACACAAUAUACAGUCUGGCAUUACUGGCAUCUGAUGAAUAAACAGAAAGGAAUAAAUUAUUUAAAGCUUUCACCCAGCCCCAAGUUCCUGUACAGUUAACAAUUCUCCUAAAGCACAAACUGGAUUGGGUGCAGACAUAAGAUAAUCAAAAGGCUUUAGUUCAGUAUAAGUUAAAAAAAAAAACAUACAAUCCCAAGUGUGUCCUCUUAGGCACACACUGGAGGAUCUGUGUUUGGCCUCAGCACCUGUAAGGAUGGGAAUUUCUCAGUUCUACAUUAUUUCAGCUCUCAGGGUAGGGAUAGGAUCUCAAAAUUAACUUUUGGAACAGCUAAUUCCAAAACAAAUUCUGCAUCCUGCUACAGGCCGUUCUUAAAAAAACCUGGGUUGUUCUAA